AUGAAGGCCAUCUUCGCUGGUGCCAUUCCUCUCCUGCUUGCCCUUUCUACAAGCGCUAGCCCGACUAACUCAACCCUCCACAAGAGGGCACAGUGUCAGGCCUGGUUGGACCUCGCCAACGGUGUGUCAACCCGCCUGAACUCCAACUAUUUCAACUCCGGGACCGGGAACUACAAUGGUGGAAAUCACUGGACCGAUGCUAACAUCAUUGAGAAUAUUCACAAUCUGAUGCUUGCGACUGGUGGAAAUCAAUGGGCAAACGUUGCAGAUCAAUCAUAUCUAGGCAGGGCGGUAGCGCAGCAGAAGGCGACCGGCGUUUCGCCUUGGGCGGGUAUUGUUGAAGGGAGUUGGGACGAUUCCCAGUGGAUGAUCAUGGCAUUGUGGAAAGUCGCAGAUUACAAGAGAGCAAGAGGACUUGAUGCUUCGGCAUACUACACUAGCGCCCAAUCACUUUACAAUCUUGUGCAGGGAGCCUGGGACAACACAUGCGGUGGUGGACUCUGGUGGUCGGGUGCUUCAGACUACAAGAACUGUGAAGUCUAUGCAAUGCUAUCAUUGGUUAUCACUUAUCUGUCUCGCAGCAAUCACCAACGAACUGUGGUGUACUGUCAUUUGCUUGUCUCAGCAACCGGGGCCAUCCUUUUCCCGAAUCAGUCGCAGUUCCUUACCAAUGCUAUCAACGUGCGGAAUUGGAUUAAAAAUAGUGCCCUCCGCAACUCACAGGGCCUGUUUAACGACGGGCUUGUGACCUCCACAUGCGCGAACAACGGCCAAACGACAUGGAUCUACAAUCAAGGUGUUAUCGCGGCUGGUCUCGGGACCCUCUAUGCUACCACCAAAGACGCAUCGUUGCUUACUGAUGCGGAGAUCACGUUGGAUGCAGCUAUCAAACUGCUCACUAGCGGUGGAAUACUCAAGGAGUCGUGCGACAACCCGACCACCCGGGGAUGCAACAAUGACCAAAUCGCCUUCAAGGGUAUCUUCAUGAGGUCGUUGCAAUACUACCUUGACCGCGUGAAUGACCCUGCUCGUGUGGCCAAGUACAGCGGAUUUAUCCAUGCCCAAGCAUCGGGAGUCUACCACUAUGGCACUUCAGGUUCCAACGAUAUCGGCAGUGUUUGGUGGGCCCCUAAUGCUGGCGGGUCCGUUUUCGAGUCGGCCUCGUCUGGUAGUGGGUUGGCAGCCCACAUCAUCAACGCCAAAUACGGUCCUUGUGGCGUCGCCUUGUAA